GCAGCGACGCUCAAGUACUUGAUGGGCCAUGGCACGAGAGUGGGGUAGUUAGCAUUCUACCCUGGACAGCGGCAGAUUAUUGCGCAAGCGCACCCUAUUCAGUGUGCAUCAAUACCGUGUGUGAGUUCAAGAGAGGGAUUCGAGAAAGCCUUUGAUAUGGUUGCAGACAUGGAUGGAGGAAAGCGGAAAAGAAGUAUCUGCUCACGGCAAGAGCCGUUGGCUGCACUGAAGAUCUUGAAAGAUGGGAACAACAAGCGUGACGAAAUCCCCGAUAGAGUGACUCUGAAAAAAGAAAUAGGACUUUUAAGCGCCUGUACAAUAAUCAUAGGGAACAUCAUAGGUUCUGGAAUCUUCAUCUCUCCUAAAGGGGUUUUAGAGCACUCGGGUUCAGUGGGUCUAGCCCUGAUUGUGUGGAUACUAGGGGGAUGUAUAGCUGCCCUAGGCUCCCUCUGCUAUGCUGAGCUGGGGGUCACCAUCCCCAAGUCAGGGGGGGACUACUCCUACGUCACAGAAAUAUUUGGAGGCCUUGUUGGGUUCCUUCUGCUGUGGAGUGCAGUGCUCAUCAUGUACCCUACCACCCUGGCUGUCAUCGCCCUGACCUUUUCUAACUAUGUCCUACAGCCUGUCUUCCCAGACUGUGUCCCUCCCUACAUGGCCACACGCUUGCUGUCAACAGUCUGUCUAUUGUUCCUGACCUGGGUGAACUGUUCCAGUGUACGUAUGGCCACCAGGAUCCAGGAUGUUUUCACGGUGGGGAAGCUGGCGGCCCUGGGUCUCAUCAUAGUGGUCGGCCUGGUGCAGAUCUGCAAGGGUAACUACGAGGGACUGACGCCUCAGGUGGCCUUUGAGUUCAGCACGACUCCCUCGGUUGGGCAGAUCGCUCUGGCUUUCCUUCAGGCCUCAUUCGCCUUCAGUGGAUGGAACUUCCUGAACUACGUCACAGAGGAAGUGGUUGAACCGCGACGGAACCUACCUCGUGCCAUUUACAUCUCUAUCCCAUUGGUGACCUUUGUGUACACGCUCACCAACAUCGCCUACUUCUCCGCCAUGUCACCUGAGGAGCUGCUGUCAUCCAAUGCUGUGGCUGUCACAUUUGGAGAGAAGCUCCUGGGGAUGUUCUCUGUCAUUAUGCCCAUCUCUGUAGCCUUGUCUACGUUUGGAGGCAUCAACGGCUACCUCUUCACAUCUUCUAGAUUGUGUUUCUCUGGGGCCAGAGAGGGACAUCUACCCAGCCUGCUGGCUAUGAUUCACUUUAAGAACUGCACCCCUAUCCCUGCUCUCCUCUGCUGCUGUACUGCCACCAUUGUAAUCCUGUGUAUUGGAGAGACACACAACCUGAUCAACUAUGUGUCCUUCAUCAACUACCUCUCCUAUGGAGUCACCAUCGCAGGCCUGCUCUACUACCGAUGGAAGAAGCCCAAACUUUACAGACCAAUUAAGGUAAACCUACUUGUUCCUAUCACCUACCUGAUGUUUUGGGCCCUGUUACUGGGCUUCAGCCUGUACUCUGAGCCUGUAGUGUGUGGUGUUGGGCUGGUCAUCAUGCUCACUGGUGUACCAGUCUACUUCCUGGGGGUGCACUGGAAAGCCAAGCCAAAGUGUAUCUAUGACUUCAUCGAGUCAGCGACCUACGUGGCACAGAGGCUGUGUUUCGUGGUCUUCCCCCAGUUCGACCCCAUCGAGAUCAGUCCAAUCGAAGAAUGGCCCGACAAAUCUUCUGGCACUCUAUCUAGGAAGUCUUAAACUCUUUUUGCCUUCUGAAGUAUUUUUCUUUUUGUAUAUUCUGUCACUGUAUGAGUACAGACACGGCCCGUUCCUUAUAGUGGAGCCCAUUGUCUGGUCUCUGGUAACCUCAGACUCAUAUCCAUUUCUUUACAGCUAGGUGGAAUUGCCUGCGUUUUGAGGCAUGGGCCACUUGCAAAAAAAAUGUAUUCUCUUUUUGUACUAAGUCGUCAAGGACAACAAGCUAAUGGCAACAGUAUCACAUUUUGAAACAGACUUCAUAUGCCCUAAGGAAGUAUUUGAUUCUUUGGGUUUUAAUUCACCUAAGAUUUACUGUGCAUCAUUGUGCCUUUUAGGGGAAAUUGUGUACCUUAUUAACAAAAAUGUAUCUUACCUAUUAUUUGAAUUUGGAAUUUGCUUUGCUUUGUGUGUUCCUUAUGAGAAUUUGAAAAGCACUGUGGUCUUCCAUAUUCUGCUUCUUGCCAGUUGUUAAUUUGCCACAUGUCAUGACUUCCUCAGAUUUGUGAACAUAUUCAAAACUAUCUGAACAAAGACCUCAGAGCCUUUGACUGGAAUCCUUUGGAAAUUAAUCUCUUUAGCCAGCAACAGCCAACAACAUAGAUGUGUUCUGAUUGUAUACUGCUGAAUGAUUGAUGGUUGUAGUUGAUAGUUGAGUGUCACUAUGUUUUUACAGUAAUUAGUUUGUUUAACUUUUGCCAUUGCCUUUAACACUACUGAUUCUAUUUCAUAUACUGUAAAUACACAACAACUGUAAUGUUCACAGCUGACAUAAUGACCCAAACACCAAUUUAUACCAGUGUUAUGUGGAAGUAAAACUGCUCACAAAAUGCUUGCUGGACUUUUCUAAUGCCUGUUUCUAAACUAAGAUUCUAAUAUCAAGUUAACUUAUUUUAUUUUCUAUUCUCUACCACACUUAAAACUAAAUGUUGUGCUGGUAACCUGACAAAAACAUACAAAAGGCCUUUGCUUUUCCAGUGGUGCACUGUACUGCCAUUCCAUUUAUUUUCCCUAAACAGAGCUCUUUAACUGAUAUUGUGUUCUUCAUAUGACCAGGCCCUUGACUGUUACUGUAAAAAAAAAGAUGAUAUGUUGCAUUUCUUUUGAAAUUAACAUACAUUUUAAGUAGCCUAGAUUUAUAGAUAUAUACUGUAUUGUAGUAGAUAGAUGGAUACUGUACUUGAUACCACACAUUACUCAAGAAACAUAUUUCAUGCCAAUAACCAGAUAAUGAUGUAGGUUUAGGAUAUCAUUAUGUAGUUUGUUAGUACUACGUGAGUCUGAGUUGUCUCUCCAACAGCUGCCAUGAUCAUUAAGCCAGUCAGGUAAAACACAGUGCUUAUGCAAGAUUUAUUACUACUUUAUAUCCAUUUUAGUUCAAAUCUCUAGAGCAGUCUUGAUAUGAAGAGCUUUUACACUGUAAAUUAUUUGUAAAGCAUCAGGUGUUUACAAUGGGUUCAGUACUUGGAAUGUUAACUGAAAUGUAUUUUAGUGCACUUUUUUGUAAAUGAGAAAAUGACAAUAAUACCACAAUAAAUCAAAUACCUAUCGGAAAUGAA